AGGGGGCGCCUGGAGCAGCCGCCGUUCGGCAGCGCGAUGCAGUGAGGCGGGACCUGCUGGCGGGCGGGCGCGGACGGGGGGCCGCCGCCGCGCUGCAGAGAUGUGACUCGGGCCGAGGGCCAGCGGGAGCGUCGGCGCUGCGGGGCCGCGGGGACCGAAUGUUCCUGGUGCCACAGAGAAAGAUGAGAACCCACCAAGUGCUCCCCUUCCUCCUCCUCUUGGUGAUUGCCUCGGUGGCUUCCGAGAACGCCAGUACAUCCCGAGGCUGUGGGUUGGACCUCCUCCCUCAGUACGUGUCCCUGUGCGACCUGGACGCCAUCUGGGGCAUCGUGGUGGAGGCGGUGGCCGGGGCAGGCGCCCUGAUCACGCUACUCCUCAUGCUCAUCCUCCUGGUGAGGCUGCCCUUCAUCAAGGACAAGGAGAAGAGGAGGCCUGUGUGCCUCCACUUCCUCUUCCUGCUAGGGACCCUGGGCCUCUUUGGGCUGACGUUCGCCUUCAUCAUCCGGAUGGAUGAGACCAUCUGCUCUAUCCGCCGCUUCCUCUGGGGUGUCCUCUUUGCACUCUGCUUCUCUUGCCUCCUGAGCCAGGCGUGGAGGGUGCGGAGGCUGGUGCGCCAGGGCACGAGCCCAGCGGGCUGGCAGCUGGUGGGCCUGGCGUUGUGCCUGAUGCUGGUGCAGGUCAUCAUUGCCACCGAAUGGCUAGUGCUGACAGUGCUGCGUGACACCAAGCCAGCCUGCGCCUAUGAGCCCAUGGACUUCGUGAUGGCCCUCAUCUACGACAUGGUGCUGCUGGUCAUCACCCUGGCCCAGUCUCUCUUCACACUGUGCGGCAAGUUCAAGCGGUGGAAGGUGAACGGAGCCUUCAUCCUCAUCACCACGUUCCUCUCUGUGCUCAUCUGGGUGGUCUGGAUGACUAUGUACCUCUUCGCCAACUCGGUGAUGCAUCAGGGAGAUGCCUGGAGCGACCCCACCUUGGCCAUCACGCUGGUGGCCAGCGGCUGGGUCUUCAUCAUCUUCCACGCCAUUCCGGAGAUCCACUGCACCCUUCUCCCACCCCUGCAGGAGAAUCCGCCCAACUACUUUGACACAUCGCAGACCAGGAUGCGGGAGACAGCAUUCGAGGAGGACAUGCACCUGCCCCGGGCCUAUAUGGAGAACAAGGCCUUCUCAAUGGAUGAGCACAACGCAGCCCUUCGAUCAGCAGCGGGGUUUUCCAACGGCAGCUUGGGGAAAAGAGCUAGUGGCAGCUUGGGGAAGAAACCCAGCAGCAGCUUGGGAGGCAGCAGACCCAGCGCUCCAUUCCGAAGCAACGUGUAUCAGCCCACUGAGAUGGCUGUUGUGCUCAAUGGUGGGACCAUCCCAACUGCUCCGCCACCUCACGCGGGAAGACACCAUUGGUGAAAGACUUUUAAGUUCCAGAGAAUAAGAAUCUCUUACCGAUUUUAUUCCCUGGCCAUGUCUUUCUUGAGGGAGAAAUCAGUAACUGUAGCCGAAACAGGCCGCCUGGAAGCCAGGAGAUUUGGGAAAUCCUAGCCAAGGGGAUUUCGUGUAAAUGUGAACCCGGAUGAACUGGAAAAGCUAACAGUGAGCGCCCUCCCCACCCCUGCCACACACACAAACACUGGUAUCAUCGCACAAACUAAAACAGAGCUAAUUGCAAAUAGUAUUAGGCUCACUCAGAAAUGUGGCUGGGAAGACUGCUUCCUCCAGAGGGGGUGGAACAGAACCGAAUUCACAGCUGACAUGCCAGGCUGGUGUUGGCUUCUAUGAGGGGUCAGGGGCACCCUGGCACCCUCUUCACCAAGUGCUGAACCCCAGGAGUCCUUGAGGGUGAUUCAUGGAACCUUCUCCCUGGCUUGCCUGGUGAUCUACAUGUUUCAGGGGGAGUUUAGGAGGUUUGUGGCUGUGAUUCCAAGGUGAGGCCUGAUGGAACUGUCUGGGGGAGCUUUGUAGCUGGUAGCAGUGGAGGAACCCCAGCAUGUGCCAAAGAGGAAAAGGUUGUCUGGGCCUCGACGUGGCCAUCACAUUUAGAAAGUGGUGACCAACCACUGUCCCUUCUACAGGCCUCUUGCUGCACUAAGCCCUGCCCCCCCCUUCCUUGCAGAGCCAUAGUAAUAUCCCUCCUCCCUAAUCUUCCUGGACUUACAGGGGCCCCUCCAAGCCCUUUCCCCAAUUUCAUUCCCAUUCAUUUCAAAAGCUCAAAUAGGGCCACCAGCCUGAAGCCUCAGGGAAGGCAGGUGCCACAGCAGCCUUUUCAAGAUGAUGUCCAGGUGUGCCCUCUAGAUGGAGAGAUGACAUCCUGCUGCCCAGCAGGCAGUAACUUCUGGGGUCUUUUCCCUUAGUGGGGAUGGUUCCAGAGUACAGUGAAUCCUGUGCUGCUUUCUGAGGGUGUGGAGGACGUUUUUGUCUUGGUUUUCUGCCAGUUCCAUGAAAUUGGCCCUCUUCAAAGUCCAUCAUUUCUAUCAUGGCUUCUAUCUGUCCUGAGCAAGUCAUUCCUGUGUCACUCACAUCUCCAGCAUCCCUGCCAUUCAAAGUCCCAUACCGUCUGCACUGUUUGGCCAGCAUAAUCACUAAUAACUGUUCAACACCAAGAGUCUGAACUGACCGUGUGGAGUGUAAAGCAAGGGUGGGGCCUACGCAUACACUCUAAUGGCUACAUUGCUUUUUCUACAAAAUUGCCCAUAAGCCUUUAACCUUUAAUGAAAGCAAAAAUUAAAAGGUUAGCAUCUGGGGGUGGGGGUGGGGACUGACCUCUUCCUAAGCCAGAACAUCUGAGCUGAGUGUUUUAAUAAACCUGAUUUUUCUCAAGG